GAAUCAAAAAUUAAUUAAUUUUACUGCGUCACCUAGCGGCUGUUGUUUAUUUCACACUUUAUGCAAGACCAAAGUAUAUAUGACAUAGCAUUUUCAGACUUUGUGGUAGUUUAGAAUUAUACCUGUCUUGUUGCUGAAGGUCGCAAUGGGAGCGUAUUCCAGCGCAUUUGUACCCGAAGAAAGUUCACUGGUUUCUUCGGCUAUCAAACCAUCAGGUCCGGAGUGGAUAGUAGCGCAUGUAAACACUUGUGGUGUCCCUGUAUUGAAGGUUCAGAGAUGUUGGCAUCGUUUUUUGCAAAUGGGAGCAGACAGGAAUGGCACACUCACUCCAAAAGCAAAGAUACAUUCAUCAGCUAAUCGAUUUGUAAAACAGAUUAUACAGCUGCUUCCUAGAAAUGAGAGAGGUGUAGUGACAUUCCAAGUAUUCCUAAAUGCCUGUGUUUGGUUUGAGGCAGCUCAAGCAGAAACUAAAAUAAAAGUGAUAUUUUAUCUGAUGAAUCGGGGUCAACCAGUGGAUGCAAAUUUGUUUAAUCGAGUUAUUGGGCAUCUAUAUCCAGGAGUAUCUCAAACGCAAUUGCGAGAACUGGCUGAAAGCACUGUGAAACAGAUUGAUCGAAAAAAUCAAGAUAAAUUUGACGAGGAAGAUUUUUUAAAAUGGGUGAUGGAAAAGCCAGAUGAUGAAAUGAACAACCUGCUAGCAUUUGACAUCUUACCACCUACUUUAACAUCAUAACAGGAAAAGCUUCAGAAUUUUACGUGUACAAGACUAUUUGGAUUGUGCAUUUUGCUCGCUCGCCUUUGGAGCUGUUUAAGAAAUACUAUAUUUAUUCACCACAGUAGUGGCAAAUUUCCUUUAUAUUCAAAUGUCCAUAUAACUAUGAAGUACUGGUUGUUAAUUCUAUCAAUUUGCGUCUUUUACGGUGCUGAUUGCUAGUCAACCUUUUUUUGUUACUAUUUUCUAUCACAUUUAUGCACUAGUAUAUUUUUAUAUAAACUUAAUUUAUGCACUUUUUGAAAUAUACUGGUAAUCUGGUA